AUGGCAUUUGACACAUGGGGGCCAACCACAGAUGACUUCAAGGGCACAGCUAAAAUGUUUGGACUUGGCCCAACAUUUAUAGACAAAUUUAACAGUGACCAGUUCAGCAACCUAUGGGCAUCAAAUCUGUACUACCCCUUCAACUCCCACAAUGAAUGGGAGCUGGCAUCAUGGUUACUUCGUUCAGGCCUGAGCAUGAGAGCUAUAGACUCUUUCUUGUCAUUUUCAAUUAUACAGCUACUAAAUAUUUCCUUUUGUACAGCCAGAGCACUUUGUGGGCUGGCUGAGUUACUCCCUGGUGGGCUGUGCUGGCGCUCAAUGGAGAUUACUCCUUCACAGCCAACCAAACACCCUGUGCACUUGUACUGGCAUGGUCCCCUGGAAUGCAUUGCAUGGCUCCUCAACCACCCUUUGUUCUCUGACCAGCUCAAUUUUGUUCUGAGGCAUGUAUACAAUAUGCCUGAGAAGCUUUGUAGGGUGUAUACAGAGUGGAUGACUGCUGAUGAUGCUUGGUGUAUGCAGUCACAGCUUCCAUGCAGAGCGACUCUUCUUGGCACAAUACUUUCUUCAGACAAGAUGAAUAUUACUACUUUAUGUGGUGGCAGAGUUGCUCAUCCACUUCUCAUCAGCCUAGCAAAUAUCAAGAUGUCCACACACCUAAAAUUGUCAUCCAACUCAUUUAUGCUCACCACUCUCCUCCCCAUCCCCAAGUUUGUGCACAAGAACAAGCAUAUGUGUGGCCUCCUUGAAGAUAGGCUCAUUCAUGAAUGCCUGGAUAUUGUACUUGAACCCGUCAAGCAAGCUGCCAAACUCAGCAUUAUGUUACUGGAUUCUCUGGGGCACAUGUGGUACUUGGUGAAAUUGAAGGUCCACCCUACAAACAUCCAAGUCUUCUUUCGUGAAGCACAGUGCUUUUGCCUCAGCAGAGUUAGUGACCCAUUUUGGAGGGACAUUCUGCUUUCUUGUCCAAGCACUUUUAUAACUCCAGAGCCCCUUCACCACCUGCACAAGGAAUUUUGGGACCAUGACAUGAAGUGGUGCAUAAAUGCAGUUGGUGAAGCCAAAAUCGACUUUUGCUUCUCAGUUUUACAGCCUACUGUGGGGUUCCAUCACUUUAAAGGUGGUGUUGCUAAGCUGAAGCAGGUGACUGGACAUGUGCACCAUGAUGUCCAAUGUUACAUUGUCAUCCAAGCUUACUGCAUUGACGAUGACAAUCUUUGUAUAAUAUCUUCUGUACUGGAUGAGUUUCAUGUGCACAAGCAUAAGGGAAACAAGCCCAUCGACAAUUGGCACAUCCCCAAGUUAGAACUCAUGCAGAGCAUCAUACCAAGUGUGAAGUGUGUCAGGGUCACCAUCCAAUGGACUGCCGAUGUAACUGAACACACCCAUGUAUCAGAGAUCAAGACACCUGCAUCAACUAGCAAUAACAAUAACUAUGAUCCUCAAAUUUGCCAGUACCUUGAUUGCACUGAAAAAUGUAGGAUGUUUGAACUUGUGACAUCAUUAUAUGAAUCAAAGACUCACUCCCAUGGUCGUGUGGAAGAAAAGUCCUUGGAGGUUGAGGAUGGGAGUUCUGAUGAUGGCAACAGUGAGAUCAGUGAUCACGAGGAGGUGGAUCUAGUUUCCAAGACACCAGGUCCCACAUGGCCUGUCACCGAUUACUUCGCCAUCUCUGCAUGCCUCAGGACCCAGGAUCCAGACUCCAUUCCCUUCCCCUUGUGUAGUUUUAUCACAGAUGGUAUGGCGAUCAACCUUUCCUACGACCCACCCUUGCAACACAUUAGUGUUGAUGGUGCUGCUGAGAAGUUUGGACUACUUGACCUCCAAGCCACCCUUGUCAAUUUUCUAAAUCAUGAGAAGGUGUAUGGACCAAGCUCUGUGCACACUAUAAGCAGGCAAUGUCAGGGAUCAAGCUUUUCAACCCUGCCUUUUACUGAUCUGCAGGUUUGGUACAAGAUGCAGCUGCAGAACAUGGUGAUACAUGAUAUCACAGACAUCCUCCCUGCCCAGACUCUCUUCUGUUCUCCACCUUGUGAGACCUGGACCCUUGGCCACUAUGAUGCAGCUAUCAUCAAUAGUGGCCUGAAAGGUUUGUGGUCCACACUACUUUUCCAUGUCACUCACAAGAGUAUCUUAGGUCAUGUUGUUGGCCAGCUCCAUCUCCUGAUGCACCCUUUUGGCAAGAGGGGGGUAAGAUGGUCAUGGACAGACUGUUUUUUGGUCUAUGUACAACAUUUUGACAUAGCAGCUGAAGAUGCAACACACCUACAUAUCCUUAGGCUCACAAAGAGAGCGAAUGGCCAAUGUCUUGGCGAUGUCAUCCCACUCAGUCAGGUCUGGGUGUUCACACAUCUCAUACCUCACUUUGGGCAAACUGCAGAUAAUCAAUUGACAGCAUACAACUCCUUCAAGCAUUCUACCAAUGCCCACUUUGCCAUCUGA